AUGUAUUUAAAUCUAUUUUUAAUUAUUUUAAAUUAUAUUUCCAUUUCACUGUCUGCAAAAGUAACAUGGUUACCGAAUACAAGUUUUAAUUUGCCAAAUAAUUUUAAAAAUGGGAAACUGCCGUGUUCGAAAGAAACCGUGAUAUUUCCAGAAACUUUAACAAGUUCAAUUAGAAUUGAAGCUGAUACGUCAGUGGGUGGAUUUGUCCUACCAUUGGAUGGAGAGUUGAUCCUAACAGAAGGAUCGAUUGGCUUUGGACCAGCGAGAGAUGACAAUUGUACGAGAUAUGGUAACACAUACUACACAGAGAAGUCUAUUUCUUUAUGGGCUCACCCAGAUGUAUGGAGUUCAUCUAAAUUCAAUAAGGCGACUCCUGACGCGGAAAGAGUUCCUUGCUUCGAUGACAUUGUCGAGUUUCCUCAAAAUACUGAUUUCACUGUUGUUCUACCUGAUAAUACUCAGAAAGUACGAGGGAUAACACUAAACGGUGAAAGUUUUGAUACGAAGACAUUUAGGGAUUACGUUUUAAGUCAGGCGGAUCAAAGUCAACAGUUUAUUCUUAAUGAAAAUGGAGACACUGGAGUUGUUGUUGAGCGAAGUUACUGUACGUCACCGGCUGGAUGCCCUUGUCAAAAUAAUGCAUUAGAAAUUGAUUGCUCGACUAAAUUUUGUCCUAUACCCACCUGUGUAAAUCCAGUUGAGCCUGUUGGACAUUGUUGUAAGAUAUGUGGAGGCGUCAUAGCUUUUGAUAUUGACCGAAGUUUUGACAUGACAGCAUUUAAAGAAAAAGUAGCAAGAGUUAUUGACAGUUACGGAGGAAGUUUGAUAUAUCAUGUUGGAAGGCUGCCAAAUAAAGUACAGCUUGUUGUUGUAGAAAAGGAAGAAUAUACCGGGACUAGUGCUGAAGUUGUCAAUAAUAUUGCUUAUAAUUUGGAAAGUCAUAUCGUUCAUCAGAUGCAAAUUAGUGGCAGCCCUCUCUACAAGUCAGGUUUAGGCGGGAAAAUAUUUAUAUCGAUGUUCUUUGCAGUGGCUCUAGUAAUGGUUGCCAUAUAUGUUUACUACUACAAGCUCCCUGAGGUAAGAUUCCCUAUUAUGAGUAGAAGUCAACCAAGCUUCUUUUCGAGGUUUGAUCGGAGAACUGAAAGUGUUGUCUCUUUAACAAGACGAGAUUCGGUUGCCCCAAUGGGAUUAAGUACAGAUACCGCUUUUAGAAAUCCAUUAUACGAUUCGAAAAGGAAAUAUUUAGUUGAGGAAUCUGUUUCUGAAGAAUAAAUAAUAACAUUGAUUAAGAGAAAUGAAAUUGUAUAGUUAAAAUGUUUGAUUGAAUUUCAAGGUGUUUAUUUUAUUAAAAGUAAAUGGAAUUAUUAUUCAAGUUAAAGUUAAUAAGGCGAAGUUUACGUAACCUUAUUCAGAAGAGUCAUCAUGGAAAAUGGAUCCGACUGAUAAAAGUUUCGAAGUAAACAAUUUAAAACAAACCAACAGAAGUUUGGACUAACAUCGGCAGAAGUUGGAAAUUCAACAAUAUGCAAGGAAUAUCGAUAAAGCGAUGAAAUUCUAUCCUGCUCAGUCUAAUAUUUAACACAGCCCUUUGUUUCUUUGCCCUUUCUUUGCUAAAUGUGAACUCAAUCAAUAGUAUUGGGUUUCUUCAAAACAGCUCAAAAGACGCGACUGUCAUGAGACUCGUUAAUCAUUUCUCUUUGAUGUUUGUUCGACGAAAAAGUGUGCCGUGUACGAAUGAUUUAUUUAUAAAUUAUUUUAAGAUUUAAAAAUACUAUCUUGUAAUUAUUUUUAAAUUUGAAUGCUGUUUAUUAAGACCAAGGUUACUUAUUUUUUCUAGUGUAGUGGAUAUCAUAUACGUAGAAAUCUGUACUGCUAUAUUUUUUUUAAAUUAAAUAAUACAGUGCAUUAAAAA